AAGAAAUCUGGGUAAUUUUUUUCUCAAAGCAAGAUUCGCAAUUUGGUUGAGGAAUCGAGUAACCUAAAGGAUGUCGAGUGGGUCUCCUUGUGCUUCAAAAAAAUGUUAUUGUGGCAUUCCAUCCAAGAUGUUGACAUCGUGGACAACUGAUAACCCGGGGAGAAAAUUCCUGACUUGUAAGUUCUCUGAUGUACACACUGGUAGGAAAGGAUGUGGUUGGUUUUAUUGGGUUGAUCCUGAUGUUGUGGAGUGGCAAAGAGUCGUGACGAAUGAACUGGUGGUGGAGAAGAGAUUGCUGAAAACAGAGUUGAGGGUCAUGAUGACAGAAUUGCAGAAGUUGGAGGAUGACAAAGCCCUUCUUGUUGCUGCCAAUGAGAGGCUUGAAAGGAUAUGCAAUGGUGGAGUGGCUGGAAUGAAGGGGACAAAGGAUAAGGGCCAAGAAAUUGCCCAUUCUGUAUUUUGGUUUGUUGUAGGAUUAGUUGUUUGUUGUGUGUUGAAGUUUGUAAUGAAGUUCCUCUAGUGUAAACGCGACAAUGGAACGGGAAAUUGGAUUUCAUGUAAUGUAAUGUAAUGUUGUUGACAUUAGUUGACUCUAAUCAUUUAAUAAUGGUAAUUCUAGCUUAUGACAA